AUGGGUUUACUCGAGAGCUUGACGGCGGCUAACCCGCUCUACAUUGGAGGCUCCAUUUUUGGAGCCUACCUCCUACUCCUGGUGUUCUUCAAGGUUAGGAUGGAAUAUCUCCUCAGCAAAUCUGGUGGUAUAAGAGCUCCAGUCAUUGCUUCCAACCCCUUUACAGGUAAUAACGAUAAGGUUCCUCUCCCCGCAUUCGAGAGCAGGCACCAGCUCCUCGAGGGAUUCAACACUCUUUUCAGCGUCGCUACCCCCGAGUCUCCGAACACAGUCGAGAUUGGCUUCACGGGCAAGCUCCGCUUCCUCAUCACCAGAGAGCCAGAGCACAUCAAGACUGUUCUUACCUCCAAGUUUGCCGACUUUGGAAAGGGGCCUAUGUUCCAUCAAGUCUGGUCUCCGUUCCUGGGUGACAGCAUCUUCACUACGGAUGGAAAGACAUGGCAGGAUAACCGGAGCUUGAUCCGGCCCAUGUUCAUCAAGGAUCGGGUUAGCGACUUACACAUCUUUGACAAGUGGACCAACAUCAUGAUGGACAAGUUCCCGGCGUCAGGAGUCACCUUUGACAUUUCGGAUCUGUUCUAUCGUAUGACGCUCGAUGUGACGACCGAUUUCCUGCUUGGACAUGGUGUCAACAGUCUUGGCAAACCUUUUGAGAACAUCUUGCCCCACGGAACGUAUAAGCGCGGCAUCAAGGUCAUUGAGGAGUUUAUCCACCCUUUCAUUCAAGAGGCCUUGGCCUUGCCGCCAUCCGAGCUCGAGAAGCUCUCCAAGUCUGACAAGGACUUUACUUUCCUUCACAACAUUGCUCGGUUCACGCGCGAUCCCAAGGUCAUCCGCGACCAGCUCGUUGCUAUCCUCCUUGCCGGUCGUGAUACCACUGCUGCGACGCUCUCGUGGACUCUCUAUGAGCUUUCCCGUUACCCUGCCACAUAUGCCAAGCUGCGCGCUGAGAUUCUGACGACUUUGGGGCCGAAGAGGGCACCGACCUAUGAGGAUCUCAAGAGCAUGAAGUAUUUGACCAAUUGCCUCCAGGAGACUCUGCGCCUGUACCCCGCGGUGCCUUUCAAUGUGCGCUCCGCGUUGACGACGACGACCUUGCCCGGCAGGAAUGGCAACCCUGACAUUGCCGUGAUCGAGGGUGAUUCGGUUGUGUACAGCACGCUCGCCAUGCAGAGAAGGCGGGAUCUUUAUCCUGAAGUGUCAGAGACGUUUGCGGACCCGGCUAUCUACAGCCCCGAACGGUGGGAGCACUGGCAGCCGAAGCCGUGGCAAUAUGUGCCGUUCAACGGUGGACCGAGAAUCUGCGUUGGACAAAACUUUGCCAACACGGAGAUGGCUUAUACGAUGGCGAGAAUCCUGCAGAAGUUUGACAAGCUUGAAUACCGCGGAGACUGGAACGCGCAGGUCAUCAGGGCCGAGAUCGUCGGCGCGCCGGGCCAUGGCGUGCCUAUCGCGCUUUUCGAGGCUGUCGAUGGUGAGAUGGCAUAA